UCCCAGCUUCGCCGCUGUCAAAAGCAUGUCAGAAGAGUAAAAGAAUCUCGAAAAGCUUAAAAGAAGGCGCAAAACUUGUGUGCGCUGGGUGGAUGUGCUUCGCGUAUUUAUUUAUCAUUCGAUUUAAGUAUUAAUAAUACAAUUAAACCCAGGUUCAGCUUACAAUGACUACCUCAAGUGAAGAUGUACUACUUCAAGUUCCACAAGUUAAAUUCAAGAAAGGUGAUGGUACAUUGUUCCUAAUGGAUUCACGGCUUGCGUGGAUGGUGGAAAAUAAGGAUACAGUUGCUGUUUCACAUUUGUAUGCAGACAUCAAAACUCAAAAAAUCUCUCCGGAGGGCAAAUCAAAAGUUCAAUUGCAAGUAGUACUACAUUCUGGUUUAUCUUCCACAUUUCAUUUUACUAAUAAAUCUGGGCCAACAGCACAAGCUGCUGACAGAGACCGAGUUAAAGAAUUGUUACAAACAUUACUGCCAAAGUUUAAACGAAAAGUGGACCGUGAAUUAGAAGAGAAAAAUAAGCUUUUGUCUUCAAACCCUGCCUUAUUACAACUUUAUAAAGAUUUAGUGAUGACCGAAGUAGUUACAUCUGAAGAAUUUUGGGCACAACAUGCAUCUCAGUAUAUGCAACAGAAAAAUUCACACAUACAAGAAAUUGGUGUGUCUGGUGCGUUGGCUGAUAUCAAACCACAAACCGAUGGCUGCAAUGGUCUCAAGUAUAACAUUACAGCUGAUAUUAUUGACUGCAUAUUUAAGACUUAUCCAGCCGUAAAAAAGAAGUACAUGGAACAUGUGCCUGCCAAAAUGUCAGAAUCACAGUUUUGGACCAAGUUUUUUCAAUCACAUUACUUCCAUCGUGAUCGAAAAUACGUUGAGAGCAAAGAUGUGUUUACCGAAUGUGGAAGGAUUGAUGACCAGGAAAUGAAGAAAGAUUUAAUGUUAGGUGUCGAUGAUCCAUUGGUGAAUAUUACUUCCUUUGAUGAUAAAUUCAUUGAUGAAGGCUAUGGCAAUCAAGCAGAGAAGAGUACAACCACUGCAAGUAUGGGUGGCACUGUUAGCCAAGCCAUGAUUAAACGUUUCAAUUACCAUUCCAUCAUGGUCUUGAAGGCCAGUAACAAAAGUAACGUUGAAGUAAACGGUAUAGACAAGGUACAACAAAAUGGACAGAAUGGGCAGAAUUCCUUUAGUGGUGCAGAUACAUCCAAAGCUGAUAGUGUAGAACAUGUAAACAAAAAGCAGAGGAUCAGGGAGAAACUUGUUUAUGAAGAUUUGGAUUCGAGUGCUGACAAUAAUAAUACGAAUUCGGCUACUUUAAACUUAUCAAAGGUCGAACGAUAUUUACAUGGUCCAAUGCCUGGUACAGCCACUGAACAACUAUCAUCUAACGAAAUUGCAUCUGUAUCGCGAAAUAUGCACCAAGAACUGAAACAGUGGCGCAGUCGGAUGCCUACCGCCUCGUUGAUGGGUGCGUGUGCCGCUGUUGGUGCGCUCGGAGAAUUAUCACCAGGUGGAGCCUUAAUGAGAGGUUUUAAAGAGCAAUCCCUUGCACAAUUGGUGCCUUCUGAAAUCGAAAAAGAAGUUCGAAAUCUGUAUUUAGGCUUAUGCGAAUUGUUAAGCCAUUUUUGGAAAUGUUUUCCUGCUAACAAUCCGAGCACAGAGCAGAAACUUAUCAAAAUGCACGAAGCUUUACAUCGAUAUCAAGCAGCCCGAUUGAAACCUUUCGAAGACAAACUAAUCAGAGAGCUUGUACCAUUGUCUCACCAUCUCACAAAACAUUUAAAUCAACUUCUAAAUGCUGCCUACCAAAAAUUUAACCAAUGGCAGAAGAUGAAAAUGAAUCAACGGUAGCAGUGAAUUGCGCAUCAAAUGCAAAUUUCUAUGUUUUUCAAUAAAGUUGUUUGUUUUUUUAUAACAUAAUUAAA